AUGACCAGCGAGACAGAUUCUGGCGGUGACGGCAUUGUGAUUCAGGAGACAUUUACUGGAAAAAAUGAUAAUUGUGAGAUUCGUCUGUUCUACAAUCUGACUUGCUUUAUUAUUCUGUUAAAAAGACCAAGCUCAGAGCCGGACAAAACUAUCGAGGGCAACCUUCUUCAAGAACUCGACUACGCCGAAGAUUCGACAGAUGAGAUCCUGUUCCAUCGAUGUCUCGAAAGAAUUCAUGAUAUUGCCAUUUCGACGUGCAAGGAUAUCAUGGUGCGGUUAGCUUCCCUGCGCCCGGAACGUCGGCCUGAGACUCUGGAAGACCGACUACAUCCUCUGACCAUUAUCCUACAACUUGUGACACUCGAGGGGCGCCUGAAGGCCAUUCAACGCGAUGAACCUGGUUUGACAAAGUGUCCACAUUUCCCCGUUGGCUUGGAUCUGGCACACUUUCACACAAACGUUCGGAAGAUCCAAGCCAGCAAACUUAAGAUUAUUCAAGAUCUCCACUUUCAAAAGGUCAUCAGAGUCUCUGGCGAGUUUAAGACAUAUAUUUUCAAGACUGGCGACACCCUUGAGCUUGAGCGGGAAAUUCAAAUAUUAAAAACUGUUUCUGAGAGACAGCUCCCAAGAGGCAUCAACAUACCGCAACUUGUUGGUCUUGUGGUUUCGAAUAAUAAGGUGUUUGGAUUUCUUGUAUGUGAGAUUCCAGGUGGUGAGAAGAUUUUGGUGGUGGCUUCACGGAUGGUUGGGUUGCAGAGAGGUUAA